AUGGAAGAGACAACACUUGCCAGUCCAUCUGAUAGGGAGGAAAUUUCGAUUUUGCGGGAAGAAAAACCGGCUGACCACCCAGGACUUUCUUCUAACGGUUGUUCACUGCCAAAAGGCACAGGAAGUAUCUCCGAUCAAAAGCAAUGCCCCUUGAAUGUGCCUGAUGCGGAUCUUGUCGACGAAUUUCAGAAGGUCUUUCCAGCUCAAACGGAGGAGGAGGAAGACGCCCCUGUCAUCGAAAACCCAGAUGAUUUACUGCCUACCACUCAAGAAAACGCCCCGUUCACUCAGGAAAUUCCCGGAGGAAGAACCGAUUCGCUAGAGCCUGCUCACUUAUCCAGCGGUGCCACUGGGAAUAUUUCUAACGGGGCGUCUGAUGACGAGGAAGAGCAAGGAGAGGAGUCUAAAACAGACGGAGAGCAUUUUUCGGCCCACGUUCUGGAGAAUUCGACAAAUGAAGAUGUCGAAGAUAUGGGCAAUAGCAGCACAAUGGGUCACGAGUCAGAGAGGAACGUUUUUUGUGAAGGACUUCCUCAAGUAGAAGGAGAUACAACAAAUGAAACAUCAAAUAAACUCCUAACUGCGAAAAUGGAGGAAAAUUUAGAUCUCACCUGCCCUGAGCAAUACAGCGAUUUGAAUAUUCAACCGGACCUAGGCUUCGCCGAACAAAAGGAACAUCAGGAUGAUUAUGCAACACUUCACAUCGCAGAAGAUGAGGGACCUGAAAGCACUGGAACUCCAACCAGCCCAUCACCUUUACCUGAGGAUUCUGCCAGGUUAUCUGUCCAGAUGCCGACGGAAAAAAACCUACCUGACUUAGGAGACGUUGAGCAAUUCUCCGCGAAUGAGAUUCUCGAGGUGGACGCACCAUCUGGGGAGGAAGUGCAGACGCAGGCUGAGAGUGCUGAUACCGAAGACACAGGCAAGACGCAAAUUGUGGAUCCCUAUUUCGAGGAAGAAGAAAUUCGUUCAAAAUGUUCUGAGUCGCAGAGCAGUGCCAAAAGUAUCGUCAAUUAUCACACCCCCAGCUCUCCUGUGGAACCUCAGUCACAAGCCUGCGAGCCCGAGGAAGGAACUGCGGUAGGUGAAGUUGUCUCCUCAGAUAACCUUCAUCAGCCACAACAGGACGACCUCGUUCAGGCAAACAACCAGACAAAUCAAUCUCUGCCAUCUUCCGAGGCGAGUCACACUGACUUGGUGAGCUCGGAUGCAGACUUGCUUGAAACGUGUGUGAAUAUUACGCAAACAGAGCCAGCAAAGUCAAUAGAACAAGAAGAAGCGGAAAAGACAGGCACCGCAAAACAAAUCUUUACGGCACAAGAGACGACUGCCAAAUGUGAAGAUACGUCGCAUGCAUCUGACUCUGAGUCAGAUGAUAACAUGGAGUGCAUGGAUACCUUGCAACCACAUUUACACUGGGCCUCUACUGCUGAGGAAACAGAUACAACCGAUGGAACCUCCGUUGAAGCAGUCUUUCCCUUACAGUUUACAAAACUUGAGGUCAAAGCGAAUGAGGAAGACGUACUGGAUAACCCAACAGUCAGCGAGAAUUUUUGUGAGAAGCAUGAAGUGUCUUAUUGCCUGACAUUACCAACCGAAACUCUCAACAGUGCAAAUGAUACUUUUAUGGUGCCUGAUUCCCCAGCUCCGCAAAAACCGAACCCGGACGUCUUAACAGCAUUCCAAAACUGCAUUGAUAUAAGAGAAAGCCCUGACGGUGCUAUUUGCUCCCUAUCCACUGCAAAUGCGUUGCAGAUGGUGGAACCCGAAGAGGAUGAAAAGGUAGUUGCGUUUGCAACGCCGGCUGCAGAAGCUUUUCAUGCUCAUCAGACGCCGGGAGGGGACUUCAAUCUCUGCGAAUGUGUACCUCAGCAGGUUUUUGUGCAGUUUUCCGGUGAUAAUACUUAUUUAACCAAUGCAGAAUCUGGCAUCCAACCGCAAGUAGACGGUGGCAGCGAGUCACCUGUGCUACUGGAACCAGCCGAGGAAGUAGCAGCGUCGCCUCCCAGUCCAACAGUGGAAGCUACGGAACCUGCUAUCGCGCCACAGUCAACAUCCGAUUUAGAUAAGCCUCAAGUAUACGUCAUUCCACCAGAUGAGGAGGAAGAUCCGGAGCAUCUACUUGUCGUGAGUGGGAUCUCUGACGGUUCCUCGGCGACCACCGAGUACAGUGACAUUCAGUUGGAGAGCCCCUUGCCGACGGAUGUCCCGCCAGCAAUGGAACCUAUAAUUGAGAUUACUGAUCUUCCCUCACAGCAGAACUCCCCUUUUGUACACGAAUCUGGGGAUGAGAUCUACGACAGCAGCAACCGCCCUAACGUAUGCGGGGAAAUACAGUGCUCACCAGCAGAAGACAAUGAGGCAGAUCACGACAAUGCGCAUGUGGCAGAGAUGUCAGUCAACGACACCCCAAAAGUGGAGGAGGCAGUAAGUUGUUUCUUUGCAGAAACCGCCUCAGUUGAUGAAACGAGCGAGGAAAUAGUGGAAGAACAGCUUACUGAGGUUCCUUCUUAG